AUGCUCGCCACCGCGGCCUCGUCUCCCGCCCUCGAUGAAUCCCGCCCAUCGACCCCUGCAGCCUACACAAAUCCCGCCCAGUUCCCAAAUAAGAAACGAAAACAUGCCGCCGUCGCUGCCUCCAACGUCCCCGAAGCCUCUCCCGCCCCACAAGACCCGCCCACCCCUGCAGAGAGCGUCGUUCUCCCCGCCCGCCAUGACCUCUUCUCCCGCCCCCGCCUCUCCAUCUCUCGCUUCCCCUCCUUUCCUACAACCGACAACACCACCUAUCACACCACCGACCAGCUGGCUAUGAACAAGCUCAACUUUCGCUACGUUCCCGCUGGUGUUGCUCCUCCAGGUUCUGCGCUAGCCUGCAGAACCAUCGAGAGCGCCCCUGCUAGCUUUCGCGUCAGUUGGGAGGAUCGCAGUCCUUUCGUAAAGGUUACACCCGAUGGCCUUGGUCUUCUCGGGGACAAAGGUUAUCGCAGUGCGCGUUGCAAUGCACCCGUCCGCGAAGGUCGAUGGUACAUGGAAGUGCGCAUUCAGCAGGGUGGCGGGGAAUCCUCAUCAGACAUGACUUCGCGCGAGGGUAGCUAUGUACGUCUUGGUUGGGCUAGACGUGAAGCUCCUCUUAACGGUCCUGCCGGGCUUGAUGGCUACAGCUACGGAUAUCGUGAUAAAACAGGCGAAAAAGUCACUGCAUCUCGCCCACGUCCUUACGGACAACCUUUUAGUUCAGGAGAUGUCGUUGGUAUGUAUAUUGCUCUCCCACCACGACGCAAGCCAGACCCUCGAGACCCUCAUGAUCCUGCCAAGAUUAAGCGCGAACGUAUAGCUAUCGAAUUUAAAGGCCAAGAGUACUUUGAAUCACUCGAAUAUCCUCAAUCCAAAGAGAUGAUGUCGUUAGUCGACUAUUCCAACAAGCCCACCAAAACCUCUACUCCUUCUUCGACCAAAAAAUCAGCCACCGUCAAAAGUUUACCAGAGCGAGGGCGAGCCACUACUGCUCCCAGUGAGCCUGAAACGCUCAGGCCUCUUCCCAUUCUUCCUGGCUCGCAAAUUGUAUUCUUUGUAAACGGUGUAUGUCAAGAUACUGCUUUCGAAGAUAUAUAUGACUAUAUCCCUCUACGCACCACUCAAGCCUCGCGCAACAAAGGAAAGGAGAAAAAGCGUAGCCGCGAGGGUGCACGUGAACACAAAGAGAACCCAUUUGAUGACGGCACCCUCGGAUACUACCCGUUCAUAUCACUCUUCAAUGGCGCUCAAGUCCGCAUCAACCCUGGUCCUGAUUUUGACUUCACCCCACCCCCCAAUGUUGACCCUCUCCUCGACGCUGAGACCGAGGAAGUCGAGAUAGACCCUACAGAAGAGCGCACCUGGCGUCCAAUAUGCGAGAGAUAUCCCGAAUUCAUGGCGGAGCAAUGGGCUAUAGAUGCAAUAGAAGAGGAAGAGGCAAAGGUCGAGGCAGCACAAAUAGCUGUAGUCGAUAAAGUCGAGGCAGACAAAAGGGUGCAAAGAGAGAAGAAGCGGCUGCAGUCAAAUGCACGAAAACGAGCUAAGAAAGCUGUAGAUGAAGCGAUGCAUACGCCAGUGGAAUUAUCUGCUGCUCCCACUGCUGUUGUAGUCGACGACCGACUAGUACCUCCAGUCGUGGCACCUGGCGGUAUCAGAGACAUGGGGUCACCUCCUCAAAUCUCUGUCUCAGCCACCACUUUUGGACGUAGCAUCGAAAUGUCUCACUCGCCAGCGCCUACCCCUGCUUCCAGUGCCGAUGUAUAUGGAGCACAGAGUGGAUACGAUUCUGAGAAUGCAGGGGCUCCAGUCGAAGGCGAUGAAGUGAUGGAAGAUCCUAUAGCGUAUAAAUCACCACAUAUACAUGAUUCAGUCAAGUCUGAGACGGAUACUUAUAGAGAAGAUUUAGAGCUCAGAGCCAGAGUUGACUAG